GCAAAUGCAAACGUAUUGUAAUCUCACUUCUGAAGAUGGCUGAUAGACGGCGGAAGCGAGCUUCUCAGGACAGCGAAGAAGACGUUAAGUCGGGCUCUAGCGUGGAUAGUGCAGGCUCCGGUACUGAAGACUGUCCGGGUAGUGUACGGUCUAGCAGCAGUAGCAGGGCUUACCGGAGACCGGAACCAGAGCACAUUAAAUGUGAUGAGGAGUCUGAGUGUGAAAGUGAAGAUGGUAUAGAAGGAGAUGCUAUUUUGUCAGAUUAUGAAAGUGCUGAAGAAAAUGGCUCACGGGUCUCGGAGGAAAGUGCUGAACCAGUAGAGAAUAAAGCUGGUAAAAAGGUACAGAAGCCAUUGGAUGAUGAUGAAGACAGAAAGAAUCCUGCAUACAUUCCUCGUAAAGGGCUUUUCUUUGAACAUGACCUUCGAGGGCAGACACAAGAAGAAGAAGUCAGACCAAAGGGCCAUCAGCGGAAGCUGUGGAAGGAUGAGGAACGAUGGGUGCAUGAUCGAUUUCAUGAGGAUGAGCAAGCUCCUAAAUCACGAGAGGAGCUGAUCGCUCUUUAUGGUUACGACAUUCGGUCAGAGGUCAGUCCAGAUGCAAUAAGGCCACAUAGAAUACGGAAACCAAGGUUUGUCAACCCAUCCAGGAGUGAACAAGACUGCCUGGAUGAGAAGCCAAGCAGACCACCUAGAUACAGAGCCCCAAGCAGCAUACCUCAGACACGACCUUAUAUUGGCAGAAACUCACCAGGGCCAGGAUGGACAUCAUCUACAAAACCAUUUCAAAGGACAGCAAGCUAUAAGGAGAACCGUACAGCAAACAUUAAACACCGUGAUGCAAACUAUCAGAACAUUGACAGCUGCACUAGUCUUGGAGAUUUCAAGCAGAUCAGCAAAUUUAAGGUUAGUAAUGAAAUUCAAGAAAAUGAGAUUCUUUCUGUGCCAGAAAGUAAAGUAACUGAGAGGAGCAGAAAAGAGGAAGCUGUGUCUGAAAGUCCAGCUAUCGUAGCAGAGGACACUGUACAACUAGUGCAGGACAAUCCAGUGCAGGACAAGCCUGUAGAAAAGAAGUCUUAUUCACGAGUAAGAAGGACUCGAACUAAAGCUGGGGAUGCAGGGAAGUCAGCAGAUGAUGUACCACAGCCAGAUUUGUUGGCACCAGUUCCGCAACAUGUGCAGGAUACUUCACCGCCAUCUGCAGUUAAGACUAGGACUUGGGAAAAACAGGGGGACUGUGAUAUUGGAAGACUCGAACAUGAGAUGACCCAGUUGAAUCUGUCUGCACCCAGCUGGACACCAGGGCAGCCAUCAUUUGUUCAAUCACAAGAACUCCGAGGCAUUCCUAAUCAGAUGCAUAUGGGAGGAGUUCCACCGCAAUAUAACCGCGUGGAGGACAUGAGUGUACAAGGAGGCAGAGCAAAACGUUAUUCGAGACAAAGACCAAUCCCAGACACACCAUCUAUGCACAUCAACCUGAUGGAUGCAGCAUACUUUGAUACAACUCAAUUUCAGGGACCAGUGUACACUUCUAGUGAGAGUCCAGUGCAGCUUCCCCCCCAGAGCAUAAUGGUGCAACCUGAGGUGCACUUUGCCCCACAUCCAGGUUUGCAUCCUCACCAGUCGCCAGCUCCUCUGACUAACCCUGGCUUAUACACAACUGUUUCCAUGCCUCUUGGACAGCCACCUCCACCACAACAGCUGCUUGCACCCACAUAUUUUCCAACUCCUGGAGUGAUGAACUUCAAUAGUCCUACUUACACGUAUGCUUCUGGGGCACUCCCACCACACCAUCAGCCUUCUACGCAUAUUUAUCCUGGCACCCAGCCGCAACCACAAGUCUUUGGUGGGGUGACUUACUUUGAUACUAUGCAACAACAGACGCAACCAAAACCAUCCCCUCCACGGAGAACAUCACAGCCAGUCACAGUGAAACCACCACCUCCUGAGUUUAAAGUUGAGGAGGUGACAACAGGAACAGGAAAACUAUGCAAACUGCAGCCAAGGUCUGAUCCCGAAUCAAAAACCAAAGUAGAAGCAGAAAAAACGGUGUGGUCAACAAAGCCAAGGCCAGUUUAA